AUGGAAGAUGUGAAUGAAGACCCUUUAUUGCUAUCUGAUGAUGAAAUAGUUGGGGAUAAUAUCAAUAGUAUGGACAGAGAACCGUUAGGAGAAGAUAAAGAGGUUGCUCCGGAGGUCGGUAUGAUUUUUGAUGGGGAAAAAGAGUUGUUUGAUUUCUAUAAGAGAUAUGCUUAUGCCGUCGACUUUCCCGUGAGGAAAAGGAAUUCGAAAAAGGGUGACGACGGAGUUGUUAGAUAUAUCACAUUCACAUGUAGCCGUGAAGAUAAUGUUGGGAAAUGGAAAAUUAACACCGUCCAUCUCAAGCAUAAUCAUAAAACAAGUUCUUCCAAGUCGAGGUUGUUUCGAUGUAAUAGAGAAUUGACUGCAAAUGCGAAAAGAAAGCUUGAAUUGAAUGAUAUGGCAGGAAUUUCAUUGCACAAAAGUUACAACUCCACAGUUGUGGAAGCAGAUAAUAGAUCUAGGCAAGCAUACAAAGAGUUUGGCGAUAUUGUUACCUUUGACACGACGUAUCUUACAAAUAAGUACGACAUGCCUUCCGCUCCUUUUGUUGGAGUUAAUCACCAUGGACAAUCAAUAUUGCUUGGUUGUGGUUUGUUGUCGAAUGAGGACACGGGUACAUUUGUGUGGCUGUUCAAGACAUGGCUCAAGUGCAUGUAUGGCCAUCCUCCCCACGGAAUAAUUACGGAUCAAGAUAAGGCCAUGCAAAAUGCGAUUGAGAUUGUUUUUCUAAAUACAAAACAUAGAUAG